GUUUGGGAACAUUGGCUUGGAAGGUGGAAGGAAGCAUGAGAUCGACGCUUGGUGACAGGAAAGAGAUCCUUUAAAGCUGAAAGGAAAAGCAGAAGAUUUUGGGGAAACUGAAUUGCCACCACUGUCCACUGAGGUGCACCUGCAAAAAGAGGCCCUUUGGGGGCCGGAGCAUGGGACAGACGUUCCCUCUAGAGACUGCACCUCAAAACUCCUGCACACACUUGGAUGAUGAAGGUGACCUCCAGCACAGCAGCACAGGGAGCGAAGCGGGCACGGCAGGGGACAGCACCCCUCCUCCCAAGCGCAAGGGCAAGUUCUCUACCCUGGGUAAGAUCUUCAGACCCUGGAAGUGGAGGAAGAAGAAAAGCAGCGAGAAGUUUAAGGAAACUUCAGAAGUUUUGGAAAGAAAGAUGUCGAUGAGGAGGCCAAGACAGGAACUGAUCGAGCAGGGAGUGCUCAAGGAGCUUCCUGACAAUGAAUCAGGUGAGGCCCAUGGCCACAAGACACCUUAUGUGAAGAACGGUCACACUCUGCCUGUAGGAGUUGGUGGAGGUCUGGGGCUAGAGCAGAUACACUCGCCCACUGAAUCUGAAUUUAGAGUCAACCCUGUCUGGCUGCCGCAGCCCGAUGACCGCAGAGGUCGUGCCCCUUCUGACGGGGAUCAUCGUGGAGCAUUGGGCCCCCGGGCCUCCAAUCAGGAUGAAGGCAGGAGAAGUGGUUGGUCUGUUGGGACAGAGGACUGGAAAUCUAAUCUGGCCUGGCAAGGAGAUGAUAUCCGACAUGGAAGACUGAAUGCUGAAGUGGACAAGAGGCCUGGGCUAAUGAAAGCCCCCUCUGAGGAUGGACGCAGGACUCGCCCCGAAUCGGACUGGAAGCCAACGCUUCCUCGCCACUCGUCUGUCGAAGAGGGAAGGGGAAGACGAGAGUCUGACAGCAGUCAAUACGUUCCUAACUCAGAGGUUUUGAGGGACACACUGCGGGAACCUCUGCCCCCCAAGCAGUCCGUCAUGCCACCAAAAUGGCUGAUGACUUCCACACCGGAACCUGGUGCUGACAGCUUGCCCCGCACUCCUGUCCACAACCCUGCAUCUGCUUUCUCCUCUUCCUCUGCCUCCUCCAACUCCUCCUCCUCAGCUCUCAGCACAGCUGGAAAACCGCUACGAAACGUAUCCUCGGCUGGCGCCAACACACAGACCUCCAGCAGCGCUCCCCUUACCACCUCUUCAGCACCAUCCUCUAUGGGCAAUGGCCCAGCCCAGCCCACCAAACAGCCCCCUCUCCCUCCACCCAAGCCAAUCAACCGUAGCAACAACCCUGCCAUGUUGGCCUCCACCCUGCAUGGGGGUGACGGCAGCGAUUUCCCCCUCUACUGGUCCUGUUGGAAGCGUGAGGGUGACCGUGACGUCUACCUGUCCCUGCCUGUCUACCUCUGCCGGCGGGCAGGAGGCAUGCGCACAGCUGAACUCGCACAAGGAGGCACCAACCUAGUACCGGCCAAGCCCUCGCCCCCCAUGCCCCCCAAAAGAACCACACCUGUCACCAAACGCAAUGCAGAGGACUCCCCUCUGACCAUUUCCUCCCUUCCCUCCAUUCUGUCCGAGGACAUGAGGGCCAACAUCCCCGGGGAUGUUGGCCCUCAUGUCCUCGGACAGAAUGGAGGGAAGGGAGGAAAUGGUCAGAGGGGAGUCCUCUGCAUUGCGUUUGGUGACAGGCGUGGUUCUUUUCGGGGGCAUAGGGGGCGAGGGCUUGGCCGCCCUUCCCCUCCACGGGCCCACACCCAUCAUCUCCUCCACCAACACUCCUACCCCUACCCCCUGCCCCAGCCACUCCCUGUCCACUUUGACCCUCCUAGCCCGCCGGAGGAACCACCAGCCCGUCAAGCCCCCAUUCCCUUACACAUUAUGAUCCAGAGGGCGCUCAGUAGCCCAGGACCCACUCUCCCACACCCAGAUGGCUCCCAGCGUGCCCACUCACUGUUGUUUGAGACGCCACCGGAGUACCAGGGCAGCCGCCCACUGCCAGUCACCAUCCAGCCUCUCAAACUGGAUGAGGAUGACUACUCCGAUGAAGAGGAAGAGGACGAUGACGACAAUGAUGAGGAACCUCUACCUGAUCACCUCCCAUCCCCUCAGUCCCAGCCAGAACUUGAGCCUCGUAGCCGCAGAUGCCUGGUGGGGGAUCUGAGCGUCAGCGUCAUCCCUGAAGGAAACAACAGCAGCGAGGAGGAAGAUGAGGAAGAUCAUCAGCCGGAGGAGAGCGACUCGGAUGGGCCUGUGCUAUACAAGGACGAUGAAUCGGAUGAGGAUGACAACGACGACAGCCCACCAAGUGCUCUGGCCAGCAGGGUGAAAAGGAAGGACACGUUGGCGCUGAAGUUGAGCAGUCGGCCCUCUGCCCCAGACAGGCAGGCUCCUGAGAGGCAGGCCAAAGUAGAGCACACGGGUCUGUCGUGGCAGAGCAAGGAGCAGUGGGAGGCCAUCCGCACACAGAUUGGUAGCGCACUCACACGGCGAUUGAGCCAGAGACCUAGUGCUGAGGAGUUGGAACAGAGAAACAUUCUCCAGCCCAAAAAUGAAGCAGACAGACAAGCAGAGGUCAGGGAGAUCAAGCGCAGACUCACCAGAAAGUUGAGUCAACGACCGACUGUUGCCGAACUACAGGCUCGAAAAAUAUUACGUUUCCACGAGUACGUGGAGGUCACAUGCGCUCAGGACUAUGACCGGCGUGCUGACAAGCCAUGGACCAAACUCACUCCCGCAGACAAGGCUGCUAUUCGUAAAGAGCUCAACGAGUUUAAAAGCUCUGAGAUGGAAGUGCAUGUGGAAAGCAGAAUUUACACAAGAUUCCAUCGUCCUUAAUUGCAUCUUUUAACUGGAAAAUGAAGCACUUAAAGGCCGGUGGAUACUGGGAAGAAAUUACAGUUUUUUUUUUUUUGUUUUUUUUUGAGGAGCCUCAGUGUGUCAGAGCUCCCUUCAGACUGCUUUUACUAUGAAUGUACUUCUUCAGAUGCACAGGGACUCCUGGAGCAUUCAGAAACAAAACAAAACCGACCGUUUCUCAGUUGUCCGCCCACUAUCGUGUGGGACGGGCGACCUCUGGGGGACAGAUGCAGUAUUUCUCCUGGACUUUAGGGGACCCAUGUGCCAAGACAGAGAGGCGAUGAAGGACUUAUUAGAGGAUGUUACUGGUGCCAAUGGCAGAUAUUCCUCUCUCUACUCUCUGAAUGGCCUUUUUUCUGCUUUUACUUCAUAUGAUAAACUUUAUUUCCUUUCAGGGAAGUGUAACAAAGUUAAAAAAUAAUAGUAAUAAUGAUGUGACUAAUAAAUACAGUAAUACUACAGUAAGUGUUAGUUACUGCGCAUAGUGGGGCAGACAGAAGUACUGCAAGAAUGCCUGAGCCUGGAUCUUAUUGUGUAUGUUUGUAUAGGCUGCUGUAAUUUUUCUCUUAGUUUGACUCUUUGGAACGUUCUAAAUGUUAGAAACUUUAAGGCACAAGGUUUUUUUUUUCUAUUAUUCAUAACUUUGGCUUUGACCUUCUUUAUUCAAGACAGGGUUACAGAUUCCCCCUUACUUUGUUGUCCUCACAGUUUAAGAAGUCAUAGAGAAGAAUAGAAGAAGAUAGGAUACAUUUUUUAGAUAGAAUGUAAGCGUUUCAUAUUUCACUAUUGAUUUACAGAAAAAACUGUGAUCUAUUAUCUUUUACAAUCUUGUUUUUAAUCAUAUCACCUUCUAUAAAAAUGAGGUCCAGCUAUUUCAGUUUUAAGAAGUGUCCAAAUCAUGUUUACAAAAUAUUUUAUUUUUAAAUAAAAAGGAUUUAUUGCCCAUUUAAAAGGAGAAUGAAUUUAGUCCAGACACACACGCACUGAUACAGUUUUAAAAUUGAAGUUUUGUUAAGUAUUGUUGACACGGAGGUUAUUGCGGCAGGAACUCUUCUUCAUUUUUUUCCAAUUAUUUUAUCAUUUGUUUUUUUGUUUUGUUGGCAAGUAGGAUAAUAGGAAUUGCUCUGCUGUACAGAUCCAUUCUGUAGAUGAACCUGACUGUGUAUAUCUUGUCUUCCUUUUAUUUUAAAAAAAUAUUUUAAAUAUAUUGAAACUCAUAUAGGUUACUAUUUUUUUAAGCACAAAAUUAUUAGUGUAUUAUUCAACACUACAAUGUAAUGUAGCGUUGUAUAUUCUUGCUUUUUAAUUAUAUGUGAACUUUUAGAAACUGACAGUAAAUUUGCUGUUUAGAUGUAAACCACCUCUAAAUCUAAAUUAAAAUGCUUACCAAU